AUGGAAGAGAAGCCAAGCGUUCCACCCCAUCAACCCAAGGCGAAGGCUCGGCACCGUGCAGCAAGCCCGGCGCCAAAGGUUAAAAGUUCUGCCAAGCCGACGGAAACAACGGGAAGGGGAUGUGUGGAGGCUCCAGUGCAGAGCUCCCGAGAUUGGCUGCGCGAGACGCUUGCGAUGCUUGGGUGGAUACUGCUUUUGGUGAUCACCCAGCUCUUGAUGAUUAUAUUUGCGAAAAGGUGCACAAGCCAUGCGCCCCUUCCGCUGUUGCUCUGCCUAGCCCAGUUUGCAAUCUCGGUGAUACUGUCAUCAUCGGCCUCCAAAGCCGCGAGUGAGGGUGCACCACGGCUUUUGGCACCGCGGGCUGUGCUGCCAGACAUUUUGCCACUGAGUGCUGUGUGGACAGGAGGCUUCGUGAUGUUCAACGCAGCAGCCCUGUACAUGAGUCCGGGCAUGGUCAACGUCAUUCGUUGCAUGGAGCCCGUCGCUACCGUCUGCGUGGGAGCUGGCUUGGGGCAGCGGUUUUCGUGGCAGGUGCUAGCCACACUUGUGCCCAUAUGCGGCGGAGUUGCCAUGGCAUCACUGACCUCCGGAGGCCUUUCUACCACCGGCAUUUGCCUUGCCAUGAUUUCAAACGUGGCAUUCUGCUGCCGGUCCUUCUGCUUGCAGCGGCUUCGACGCAACCCGCAGAACAAGCUUGAUGAUUUGGCUGUUUUCUUCAACGUCAGCUGGACAGCAACUUUGGCCUUACCUCUUCUGCAGAUUCCUCUGGAGGGUUCCCAGGUGCUUCCGACGCUGCAGGGCUUGGCUACGGACCAGUUGUGGAUCUUCGCAGCGGAUAUGCUUGCGAGCAGCACGUUCUUCUUCUUGUACCAGUUUGUCCAGUUGCUUGUGAUGACCCAGCUCAGCCCGCUGGCCUUCUCCGUGUUGACGCCCGUCGUGAAGGCCUUGAUGAUUGUGGUGCUGACCGCUUAUUACGGAGAUGAGAUGAGCCUGCUGAAGGCACUGGGCUGCGUCCUGUCCGUGGGCGGUGGCUACCUGUUCACGCUUGCAAAGAGCAGCAGUGAACGGAGCACGGCUGUCCGCAAGAAGACAUCCUGA